UGUUUGUACAUCCGGUGUGUUCGAACCUUUCACGAGCAGCGGAGGCAGGCGAGCAGUGAAGAAUGGAGAGAGCUGCUACUCCGCUGUUAGCGUCAAACAUCAGCGACCAUAAGUAACACCGAAAACCUCACAUCAGGCUCCAGCCAUUCGUGUACACGUACCAAGAGCAAAUACCCAAGCCGUGUCCGGAUCGUCCGGAGUUAACCACAGCGAAGGUCUUCCACCUUCUUCCUUCCUGUGACAAAUGUUGAAGCCAGAGAUCAGCCUGUACAACAAGUGUUAGAGGUGCCAGGGCGAGGACGGGAAGGAGUGUCUGUUAGCCUUAACAGCUUUUGUCUCAUGAAAGUGACUGUGCCGUUCAGGCACCGCCAGUGACCAGGGCUGUGGCUGUGGUGGGCCCGGCCCAGGAGGCCUUUUCGUACAUCACUCCAGGCACUUGCUGACCUGUGCUGCUCACACCAUGGAUCAACAGAGAGAUAAAUAUGGCGAGCGACCCGCUAGGAGCACUAAAGUUUCCCAGGGAAGCCGCAGCGGACACUCGUCCCGACCGUCGGGUUCCUCUAGCUCCUCGGGGGUUCUCAUGGUGGGGCCAAAUUUUCGUGUGGGCAAGAAGAUCGGCUGUGGAAACUUUGGUGAAUUGAAGCUUGGUAAAAAUCUCUACACCAACGAGUAUGUAGCUAUUAAACUGGAACCAGUGAAGUCGAGGGCACCACAGUUGCAUUUAGAGUACCGGUUCUACAAAACACUGGGAACUACAGCUGAAGGUGUGCCCCAGGUGUUUUACUUUGGGCCCUGUGGGAAAUACAACGCCAUGGUUCUGGAGCUGCUGGGCCCGAGUCUAGAGGACCUCUUUGACCUUUGCGACAGGACCUUUUCACUGAAGACUGUCUUAAUGAUAGCAAUUCAGUUGAUUUCUCGAAUGGAGUAUGUGCACUCUAAAAACCUCAUCUAUAGAGAUGUUAAACCUGAAAACUUUCUCAUCGGACGGCAAGGGAAUAAAAAGGAACACAUUAUCCACAUCAUUGACUUUGGUCUGGCCAAAGAGUACAUCGACCCCGAGACCAAAAAACACAUUCCAUACCGGGAGCAUAAGAGCUUGACCGGCACCGCCCGAUAUAUGUCCAUCAACACACAUUUGGGCAAAGAGCAAAGCCGGCGAGAUGACCUGGAGGCUUUAGGCCACAUGUUCAUGUAUUUCCUUCGUGGGAGUCUACCUUGGCAAGGACUAAAGGCUGACACGUUGAAAGAACGAUACCAGAAGAUCGGAGACACGAAACGAAACACUCCCAUCGAGGUCCUGUGUGAGAACUUCCCAGAGGAGAUGGCCACAUACCUGCGAUAUGUGAGACGGUUGGACUUCUUUGAAAAGCCUGACUAUGAAUAUCUGAGGACUCUAUUCACUGAACUGUUUGAGAGAAAAGGAUACACCUUUGACUACACUUAUGACUGGGUUGGCAGGCAGAUACCCACACCAGUGGGAUCUGUCCAUAUAGACUCUGGAGCAUCUGCUGUCACAAGAGAGAGUCAUCCUCACAGAGACCGGCCCUCACAGCACGCGCCAAUAAGAAAUCAGGGAUAGAAAGUCAGGAUGACCAGCCGAUGAGGAAAAUCUCUCACAAAGUCCCAGAACAGUUCUGGAUUCUUCAAUUGUUAGGAUCUGAUCACUAUCACCAAGUAUAGUUAAUGUGUCAUGCAAGUAAGAUGUUUUAUUGUGGGCAGAGAAAAAAAUUAAAGAAUAAUGACAAUAUUAGGAUCUGUCACUUAUUAUGUCCUGUUUUUCCAUAAUACACUUUUAAAUACAUUUAAAAGAUACAUAUAUUAAAAACCAAAAACAAUUCUGUUUAUAAAAGCAUCCUCGACAGGAUUUGGAAGGAAGAAAUGAUGAGUAAACACAUCGCAGUGUCGUCUGCAUACAUGUUUAUUUGUACAGCACCUUUCAACAAAAAGGCAAUGCAAAGUGCUAACAUAAAACAUUAAAUGCAUUAAGACAAGAUGUAAAAGAAACAUAAGACAUUAUAAGAAGACACAUUUCUAUAGGAUUUAAAAGAGUAAAAUAGAUAAGGGUCAUUUUAAACUAGAUUUGGCCAAAGUGCCUGAUAUGAAUAAAUGAUUUGAUUUAAUAAAAGGCAGCGGCAAACGGAAAAGUCUUCAGCCUUGACGUGACAUAAAAGAAAACGAAAGUUACUGCCAGCGCAGGUGUGUUUCAUUAAUUGUGUAUUCGGCUGGCCUCUCUAAGGGACUGCAGUUUCCCCUCACAUUUGCUGUACUCUGUUUUUUUUUUUUUUUUUUAAAUAUUUGCCAUCUGUUGUGGAUGUAAUUACAAAGUUCAGAGCUGUGAUUCAAAUUUCCGUUUUCUUUAUAAAGAGUUUUGUGUGAAUAAGGACAAUCAAAAGUUUUAUGUCAAUUAAGGAUUUUAAUCAUUAUUUUCCUAUAUUUUGUUGUUGAUUUUCGAUUUGUCAACUGUUACAAAGACAGUUCAUUAAACAAAUGGAGCUGUUAUAUUAAAACGAUUGUCAGGUAUUGGUCAGUGGUUAAGGAUUCGUUUGUAUUUAACUUUUAAUGAGAUGUACAAUCUUACUUCCAUUUGGCUUGAGGCUAAUUAGUUUCUGGUUCAGUUCUCUGCCUGAGGCCUUGCUUUGAUUUUAAUUCACUCUUUUAUUUUGUUGAGAUUUUUUUUUUUCUUCUCCAUUUCUCAUGCUGCUUUGCAUGGUACCUGGCCUCGCACACCCAAAUACCCAUCUUUCC